AUGGAGCUCAUAUGGAAUCUGCCUGGCUAUGGCCCCAUACCUAACGCGCCACCCAUGUGUGUCACAUUCCGGCCUUACAGCCCAAGGAGAGGGUCUAUGGAUGUGGCUGCAUCAGUAUGGACGAACAAAGAUGGAGAACUCAAGACCAUCGAACAGCCGGCAUAUGCCAUCUACGAUACUGCGGAUCUUGUACCAGCUUUUGAGAGGUACUUUUCCAGCCUUCAGCCCGCCAUUGAGGCAUGGAUCUUCGCCCGCAUAAGCCAGGACGAAGUCGCACGUCUCACCUUCACCGAAGUGCAACGAAUGCGCAGUGUUCAUGGAUCCAAAGCACUCGACUUGGCGAUGCGACUACAGUGUCUCUCGGUUGUCUCACAGGGCUACGGUUCCGUCUGCAACAACAACAUUCCCGGUAUACGCGAGUAUGACUAUCGUCGGCUGGGUAGUAGUGACUACGAAGCAUAUGACCGCAAGUCGUACGACCGACCUCUGCCUGGCGCCAUUACCCACCAGAUGGACGUUGCUGCUGUGAAGUACCUCAGGAAACUAGAGAAAAAAUUCGUGAAGGAGCUUGCGCUACUCAUCUUCAAACCAAAGAUCAAGCCCUGGUACGAGCUUUUACUGGCUCUUUACGUCAUCUUCUGGAAUCUUGAGUACAUUCACCACGGUGCCAAUGAUUACAUUAAAUCGAAAAAUGGCACGUUGAUCGAGAACCAAGUGAACAAUGUCGUAAAGAGUCAGAUUGCUAAAUGGGAAUUUGCAUUUCCGGUCCUACUCUAUCAUUGGCGCUGCACGCUCCGUGGAUAUGCUCCUUUCAAGCUCGCUCGCGAAAACCCGGAUGAACUUGAAGAGAAGGGCCACAUCGACCACGAAGGGUUCCAGUACGUGAAGAGGAUAUCGAGUCUGUUCGAUCGAAGAGAUCCAGGUGAGUGCGAGUUGUGGGCGUUUCAGAUUAUGCAAGCCAAGCCUCUGACCCUCCUAGAUCGUUUCCAACCGCCGCUCACAGGCUUUGCCUCUAUGCACUACUCAACGUCCAGCGAGUAUAUUGUCAAACUUUUCAAAGAAGCUGGUGCUUGA